AUGUGGAAGCCAAAUCGAACUCCCGUCCGCACGCAGGACGCGCCGUUGCCGCCGUCCUUCCUCUCCCAGGCCAUCGUGGCCGGCCAGCAGGUCUACUGCUCGGGACAAGUGGGAGUGAGUCCCAGCACAGGAAAGAUGGUCGAGGGACCCAUCCAGGAGCGAACGAAACAAAUCCUCCGCAACUUGAGCGCCGUCCUCACCGCGGGUGGCUCGAGCCUCCAAGACGUGGUGAAGGUGAACAUCUUCCUGGCCGACAUGGGGGAUUUUGCGGCGGUGAACGAAGUCUACGAGACGUUUUUCCAGGAUCCCAAGCCGGUAAGUGCUGGUUUUCGUUUUUUCUACGUGCUCUUGUGGGGAGUGAAUUGGAUACGCGUGCUGACUGAUCUCGAGGCGCGGACGUGUGUGGCUGUCAAGACGUUGCCGUUGGGCACGGAUGUUGAGAUUGAGUGUACGGGCUUGGUGACGAAGAGAACCCCUGGGGGUUCGCGUCUAUGA